AGCUUCUCCCAUCUUCCAGAUCGAAACAAUGGAUGACUAUGAUGAACAUUGCCACUAUGCAGCAGGGCUUGUUGGAUUAAGUUUUUCCAAACUUUCUCAUGCAUAUGGGUUUGUAGAUUUGGCUCCAGAAGCUCUAUCCAAUUCAAUGGGUUUAUUUUUUCAGGACUUGAAGUCUGUGGAGAACUCAAUCAAGGCAGUGCAGUGCUUGAAUGAUAUGGUGACUAAUGCUUUGGUACAUGUGGAGGAUUGCCUCAAGUACACAUCUGCUUUGCAAGAUCCUGCCAUAUUUCGAUUUGGUGCCAUUUCUCUGAUCAUGCAUAUUGGACUUCUAGCCUUAUUCUCCAACAACAUUGAAAUCUUUAGAGGUAGAGUAAAAAUGAGGCGUGGUCUCGCUGCUGAAGUCAUUGACCGAACUAAAACAAUGGCUGAUGUCUAUGGUGCUCUCUCUGAAAGCUAAGGUAGGAAAUCUUACAUAACCCAGAGUGAGCACAAUUCCACUCCAAUUCUGGUCAGUUUCGGCUUCUGUAUUCCUUCUUUCGUAUUGCAAAAAUAUCUACUUAUCUUUCUGUUAAACUCAAAGCCGGUUGUACUCCUGAAUGUGUUGGCCAUCAUUUUGGUUAAUCGUAAUCCCAGCUGACCAAAUAACUAGUGCAAAGUAUGGAUACUCAAAUAAUGAAACAAUCAUUAUAUU